AUGAUCUUUCCUAUUGUCAAGCUCGUGUCAAUCGCUGCUUUAGCUUCAGCUGUGCCUUUCAAGCGUUAUGAUAACAACACUGAUGUGCAGAUUGCUUCUGUUCUGUCAGAUGUUGAUACUACGAUAACGGUUGACAAGUAUGUCACCAUCACCUUGCCAUCUACCACUCUUACUGUUCCGGCCACUGCGUCUAUCGCCAAGGAAGCCUUGGCAUCUCAAUCUGCCCAAGGGGAGUUGACGGUAACAUCCACUAUUGUUGAAUACACUACGUUGGUUGACCAAGGUACGUCUUUGACUACUCCAGUGUCCACCAGAACGAGCACCAUAACGUCCACUCCAACCACCACUUCCACAAUUACUAGCUUCGUGACAAUCACUGAAGCCGAGAAGUCGGAUGCUUCGGAUGUCUGUGUCCCCAGUACAGUGACGGUCACAGUGACUGAGAAGCCAAAUCACUCGACUGAUGAAAGUUCUGUCGUAACAAGUACUUCUACGUUUGUCUCGUCAUACCCUGUCGAAGCAGAGUUCACUUUGAGCGGAAGCACUAUCACCGUUACUUCUUUUGUCGAUGUAACAUCGACGCAAACAUUCACCACAACAGAGAACAGCAGUUUGCCUCUGGGUGCAUCAAAUGGAACUUACCAAGUACCUCAAAGAGUGAAGAGAUCGUCUUUAUAUCACUUCUUCUGA